UUUAACGGCUGUUCUCUCGCCAGUCGGCUGCCUCGUGCAGCGCGCAUGCGCACGUCGCCUAGCAACGCAGCAUAGCGUCCCGCCGGGCGUGCCGCGGCCGCCGUUGUGGCCUGACGUCCGUUACGGCGCGGGAACGGGCGGAGAGCCGUUGGGACGGAGGAACGGUCCAGAAAGCAGAUAUGAGAAGUAAAUAUACUUAAAAAGUGUAGAUGGAGUCCCAGUACCUGAAGAGAUGCCUGGGAAAUUGCUUAACAAAGGGACUGGCCGAGGUUGUAGAGCAUCGGCCAGCAGAUCCAAUAGAAUACCUGGCACACUGGAUUUAUAAUUACAAGAGAAUCUUAGAUGACGAACAAAAGAGAAGGUUGGAGAGGACUGAGCUGGAACAGGAACGGGAGGCAGCCCUAGCAGAAGUCAAAAUGCUAGAAAAAAUGAAAGAAGAGGAACUUUUAAUCCAGCAGAAACUUGAAGAACAACGUCAGGAACAGUUGCAACGAGAGCGUGAGGAAUUGGAACUGCAAAGGAUAGAAAAAGAGAAAGCAGAGAAAUGGCUGUUGCAUCAGAAAAAUCAAGAGGAACAGGAAAAGACAAUAGCUGAACUAACAGAUAGAUUUGGAGCACCUAAUCUGACCCGAGUUGAAGAGCUGGAUGAGAAUGGACAGUAUGAUAGUAUAACAGAUUUCAUGGCAGAAUCGGAACAAGAAAAAUCACAACUGAUCUGAAAGCAGAAAACACAUUUUCUAAACAUUAUCUGUUGUUUCAGUGAUUAAACAUUAUCUGUUGUUUCAUCAGUGCAGUGACUUAAAUUAUGUGUUUCAUAUAGAGAGUUGGCUUACAUAUCUAAUGUUUCUUUUUGCCGUGCUUUCCAGGCAUUUGUAUAAAGUCUGUUAAUUCUGGCAUGUAGAAUUUUUACUGUAGACACUGUUAAUUUGUAUGUUGGAUAAGAACCUUUUUAUUAGAGCAAAGGAGGAGCAUUUCACAGGCAUAAAUAUUGAUGAAUAUUUGUGUAGCUCUGAGUAGGGAACAGUGGGACCACUUGUGUGACCAAGUUGUCCAGCUCUGGUAUCUACAUUUAUUUUGUAUUGGUGUAUAUAUAUGAAGCUUCUAUAAAAUGCAAAAGCAUUCAGAAUCUUUACUGGGGAGUGAAUUGUGUUCUGUGAACGUAUCAAUGAAUGGUUGAUUCUCCAGUAAACAGGCUGUGUCACAGUCCUAACAGGAGUUAAAAGAGGCUGCACUUGAGGACACUACAGUUUGAAUUACAUCUAUAAACACUGGGUGUACUGCUGCCCCUUAUGCAUAUCUCAGAUUUAAUAACUCUAUAAGUACAUGGAAUUUGGCUUUUGAACAAAUAUAUGUACUGCAAACUCCUUUUUAGUUUAAAAAAUUCAAAAAUUGAUGAAAAAUCAUGCUCAUCUAUGUUUUGUUUCACCAUAUUGACUGAAAAUUUCAAAUUUCAUAUUUGAUUAGGAAUUCUGUUCAGCUUGUAGGACUAUUUUAAAGUUAUUAGGAAAUAAUUCUAACUAUUUUCAACAUGUGGCUUUUAUGUUCUAUUAUUUCAUAAUAUUCCUGUUUGGGUGUUGUUACAUGCGUCCACUAGAGUGCAUCCUUAAAAAAAAAAAAAAAAAGCAUCAGUGUCUGUAUCAGUCACAAACUCUCAGUAUUGCAACUUCUGUUUGACUUCUUUUCUUAUUUUAACUUCGAAUUUUCUUUGUCUUGCGAUUGCUAUUUUUCAUCUUUGUUUUAGAUAGUAUUGAAUUUUCUUAUAUCAGAAAUUUCCUUAGCAGGGAUUGAAAAAGAAUGA